AUGAGCGGGGCCGGGGCGGCGGGCGCGAGCCGCGGGCUGCGCGUGGACGGGCUGCCGCCGCUGCCCAAGAGCCUGAGCGGGCUGCUGCACUCGGCGGCGGGCGGCGCGGCGGGCGGCUGGCGGCACCUGCAGCGGCUGUACGCGCGGAAGUGGCGCAUCCAGGACGAGCUGAGCCGCGGCGGCGCGGGCGGCGGGGCGCGGGCCAAGCCCCCCAGCCUGGACGCCGCGCUGGCGCUGCUGCGCCGCGAGAUGGUUGGCCUCCGACAGCUGGACAUGUCCUUGCUCUGCCAGCUGUACAGCCUCUACGAGUCCAUUCAGGAGUACAAGGGUGCAUGCCAGGCGGCCUCCAGCCCGGACUGCACCUACGCAUUAGAGAAUGGCUUCUUCGAUGAGGAAGAGGAGGAGGAGUUCCAGGGGCAGCGCUGCCUCCACGAAGGCCAGGGCCGAGGUCCUUCUCGGAACGCAUCGCUUCCUGUCACUCCUCUCUCUGGGAGCGACUGGAUUCUCAAGUCCAUCUAGGGCCUCAAAGGAGCCCUUUGACUUCUUGCAAGAAAGUGCUGAGCCCUUCCUUUGCAGACAGUCCACAGGCGGCUGUGUGGGGACAGACGCCACCAGUUUGUAAUUUGUGGGUGGGGAGUUCGACGACACAUGGGCAGUUGGCUUAGAUGGCUGCAGGGUCUGUGUGGGUGACCUAGAGGUGUUUCAGAACACCCUGGACACUCUGUGAGGACGGUUUGGGGUAAGGUGAUGCUUGGCUCCUUCCCUGCAGGUGGCAGGUCAUUGAUACCCUUUGGUUUGGGGAUUCCUGCCCCUGGCAUGUGACAUAUAGGAACCACCAUUUCUCUCUCUCUUACGCACACGCGUGCGCUCUCCUCCAGGUAGUCAGCGGCUUUUCUUGCCAUUUAAUGGCUCAGCCUCUCUGCUCAGCUUUAUUAUUAUUUUUUCUAAGAGGCUCACUGGCUCUCUAGGUAACUCGAGAGCUUUCUACUACUAAGGGAGAAAAUGCUUCUGUCACACUGGGCAUUUUCUUCCUUGUAACCCACCAAACUUUACAUCAGGUAUAGGUGGAAUAAACAAAACAAAACAAAACAAAUUGUGACAAACCAGUAUUUGCUUCACUCACUGUAAGAUACUGUUUAUUCUUAAAGACCGAAUGUAAAUUUGUAUGCCCCACCCCUCCAAACAGUGGUUACCUAAAGCCUUAAUAUAUUUAUUAAAAUAUAAGAACCUCA